AUGGCGUAUGCCAUGGAUUUCAACGCUGUGUGGCCGCUACUGAGGAAGGAGAAGUGGACAUGGAAGGCAGCGACCGGUAUUCAGAUACAGUACGGCUUUCUUGUUACGCGUAGGAAUAUGCGUGGCUCCGUAAGCUGUUCUUACCUGACUUCUUUGAAUGAAACUAGCCACAACUACGUGAAAUCCGGUCGCAAAGUGAAAGGAGGAAGGCAAGGGAUCGACUACUUCAAUGGGGAGGACGAUACGUCCGGUCGGACAAAGAGCUCUGCGCAAGGCUCAACAUACCCGACGUUUUCGUGCGGCCGGAAGGACAAGCGGGAAGACCUUGCGGCUGGCCCAAUCCGCCUUGCACAUGCUCUCACUCCCAGCCGUUCCGAGGUGCAGGCAAAUCCAUCGACAAUCGCAUCCUCUGCGAAAGCUGGUACUCCUGUUACACCUACCAAGAGGACCCCUGAAACAUCACCCCAGCCGCGGAAAGAUCAACAGCAAACCAGAAAGAAGGCAAAGAAGCAGCAACGGACGGACGAGGCAGACCUACAGCGACCACAGCGGACUGGCGAUCGCGGGAACGAUUCCGGUACUCCGACAUCCAGACCCAUCUUCGAAGGUAAUGCUGACGCUGUCACCGCUAUCGAAACCAACGCUGACAUGGAGGGUAUUGGAUCCCGCAGUAAUGCUGACCCGAUCGGCCCUACGGAUAAUAAUGCUGACGCGAACGGUAUUUCCGAUAAUCCUCAUGCUGACAUGGAAGUGUCGGAUUCUCUCGAAUGCGCUGCCAGCGAUGUAGGCACUCAAAGUGGGGUCGACCGCUGCGCAACGACAGCCAAUUCUAUCGCUGGACCAAACGCGCCACCGGGACGAAGUCGAUGGUGGUGUGAAUGGUGA